AUGGCAAGCUCGUUCAACUCCUCCAUCGCAGAGCCGUGUAAUACAGACACAUGGACCGGUUACGCGGCUCCGUCUGGCACCACUACGCUUUCAAACUUCGGAGUCUCUGAUACACCUAACACCCACCGAGAUUCUCUCAUUUCAUCUGUUGGCUCUAAUGAUGGAGAUACAAUAAUGUCCGACUAUGCCAACAACCAGGAUAUUGGGAUAAAUAAUGGGGUUGGAGGCUUUAUGCCCCAAGAGACUCCAACAGAACCUCCUCCUUGGGAUUACUCUCAAACUCGUAUUCCACCACAAAGACGCAGGGUAUACAACCAACUUUCAAUGGAACAGGAAAGGCUCUUUCUCAACCAGGCGCAGGGUGGGAGCCAAGCUACAUACUAUGCAAGCCCUUCCGCACCUACAACUGCUCAACCUUCGAAUAGCAUGGAUAGUCAAACUAGCGGACUCCGACUGACAGGCCUAUUGACCCCACGAACCUACUCAAGCCCGACUCCAUUAGAGCCUAGAACAAGCAACCAUGGACCAGUUCCGCCAUCUGAUCAUUUGUCCUGGGGGCCUAGAUCACAGCCAGUAGCCCAAGGUGUCCUAUCAAGUGGAACCGUGCAUGGACCAAGCCAGCGGCUACCGCAACAGCAGCGUCCUAUGUAUAGCAUGCCUCCACCAUCAGUUUCGCAUACAGGUAUUCAUAGCAUUCCUUCACCAUCGGCUUCACUGCUCAGUAAUAUUGUGCCACUUGCGGAGAGUCCGGCAACGGUAUCAACGGUACCAACUUGGACACAUCACCACCUUGCAACUUCCAGGCCACUGCAACAGCAGCUACAGCAACCGCAACCGCAACCGCAACCGCAACAACACCGUCAGCAUCAGAACCAGCAACCGCACCAGCACCAACGGCAUGAUUCCUUCCCAACAAGGGAGCCUCCCACCGCGCCAAGAUACCCCAACCCAGCUGUCCCGACGCGGGGACCUCAACUCGCAGCUUACGGUAGGGCACAGGCAGGCGCGGCGAAUGCACCUGUGCCAGCGCCCAUUCCUGUCAACGCUCAAGCACGACUGAACGAGACACAACGGCCACAAUACGUGACGGCGAUGCAGCAACAAGCCACUCGGAUGGAUUCUCGCGUUGUACAGGAUUACUCCAACGCCCUCUACAGGAAUCAACGCCAGCUUCAGCGCCAGCGAGCCGCCGCAAACCAAAGCCUGCAUCCGGUGAAAAGUCUGGACAACAAGACCGACGGCCGUCCGGACCCGAAGGAGUCGGAAGACCUGAACGUCAGCCUUGAGUGCAAGAUCUGCUUCACGCAAUUGGUGGACACGGUCAUCCUGCCAUGUGGCCACGCGGUCCUCUGCCGCUGGUGUGCAGACGUCCAUAUGCCGAGCUGUCGGAAUGACCCGAACCGUCUGGAGGGCAAUCCGAUCUGUCCGAUUUGUCGUGGGACAGUGAGGCACAAGUGUCGUAUUUACUUUUCAUGA